GCAUGCUCGCAUCCAUUCAUUUUGGAGAGCAACCCCAUUUUUUUUUAAAACAAAAAUCAGUGCCCGAGUUCCUCGCCUCCUGCACCCGGGAGCUGCGGCUGUCAGAGCGCGAUGGAGAAGAGCGGCGAGACCAACGGCUACCUGGACAGCGCCCAGGCGGGGCCUGCAGACGGGCCUGCUGCAGCCGGGCCCGAGGGAGGCGCGCCCGCCGCCGAGCCCCGGAGCCACGCCGGGGGCCGCGCGCAAGGCUGCGCCCGCUUCCUAAAGCGCAACGCGCUGGUGCUGUUCACCGUGUCCGGGGUGGUGGCGGGCGCCGGGCUGGGCGCGGCGCUGCGCGGGCUGCACCUGAGCCGCACCCAGAUCGCCUACCUGGCCUUCCCGGGCGAGAUGCUGCUCCGCAUGCUGCGAAUGAUCAUCCUGCCGCUGGUGGUGUGCAGCCUGGUGUCGGGCGCCGCCUCCCUGGACGCCAGCUCGCUGGGGCGCCUGGGCGGCAUCGCCGUCGCCUACUUCGGCCUCACCACGCUGGGCGCCUCCGCCCUGGCCGUGGCCUUGGCGUUCAUCAUCAAGCCCGGCUCCGGCGCGCAGACCCUGCAGUCCAGCGACCUGGGGCUGGACGAGGCCGGACCCCCGCCGGUCCCCAAAGAGACGGUGGAUUCUUUCCUCGACCUGGUCAGAAACCUGUUUCCUUCCAAUCUGGUGGAUGCAACUCUCCGUACGUAUGCAACCGAUUAUAAAUUGGUGCCUCACAAUACAAGCUCUGGAAAUAUAACCCAUGAAAAGGUCCCCAUUGGCACUGAGAUCGAAGGGAUGAACAUUUUAGGAUUGGUCCUAUUUUCCCUGGUGUUAGGUGUGGCCCUAAAGAAACUCGGCUCUGAGGGAGAAGACCUCAUUCGGUUCUUCAAUUCCCUCAAUGAGGCAACAAUGGUGCUGGUGUCCUGGAUUAUGUGGUAUGUGCCUAUAGGCAUCAUGUUCCUGGUGGGAAGCAAGAUUGUAGAAAUGAAGGACAUUGUGGUGCUGGUAACCAGCCUGGGAAAAUACAUCUUUGCAUCUAUAUUGGGCCAUUUCAUCCACGGAGGAAUUGUUCUGCCACUUAUUUAUUUUGUCUUCACACGGAAAAACCCAUACAAGUUUCUCCUGGGCCUUCUGACACCAUUUGCAACAGCAUUUGCCACCUGUUCCAGCUCAGCAACCCUUCCCUCCAUGAUGAAAUGUAUUGAAGAAAACAAUGGAGUAGACAAGAGGAUCGCCAGGUUCAUCCUCCCCAUCGGGGCCACUGUGAACAUGGACGGGGCAGCCAUCUUCCAGUGUGUGGCAACUGUGUUCAUUGCUCAGCUGAACAACGUGGAGCUCAAUGCUGGCCAGAUCUUCACAAUUCUAGUGACGGCCACAGCAUCCAGUGUUGGAGCAGCUGGUGUGCCAGCUGGAGGUGUCCUCACCAUCGCCAUUAUCUUGGAGGCCAUUGGGUUACCCACGCGUGACCUCUCUCUGAUCCUAGCUGUGGACUGGAUUGUGGACCGCACCACAACUGUGGUAAAUGUGGAAGGAGACGCCCUGGGAGCUGGCAUUCUCCACCACCUGAACCAGAAGGCAGUGAGCAAAGGGGAGCAGGAGCUGAAGGAGGUCAAGGUGGAAGAGGCUGUCCCCAACUGCAAGUCAGAAGAGGAAACAUCACCCCUGGUGACACAUGGCCCUGGGGCCCAGGGGCCCACUGUGGAAUCCAAGGAGUCAGUUCUGUGAUAGGGCCAGGCUUUGGCCCAGCUAGCCAGUGGGGGUGGCCUGGCUUUUGAGUCCAGUCAGAUCCCAGACACUGCCUCCCGCUGAUGUCCAGUGCCCCCGUCUUAGCAGUGCUUCAGCCCAGUCACUGCUUUGAGGAUGACUUCCUGGCGCUUCCCAGUGGGAACUGGUCACCCAGGGCCAGGACACUCACCCUAGCACGGGGCUAUGCGUGUGCACCCUCCAGCUCUCCUGGUUGGAGAAAGAGCACCUCCUGGGACCAGGUGGUAAAAGCUUGGGAAAAUGCAGUUGUAUUUUCCAUUGUGGCUGGGCAACUUAGCUUUUGGAUGCUUUCUGGGCAAGCCCCAAGAGGCUGGUAGGUUCCUAUCAUUUUGCCUUGUGAGCUUUCAUCACUGGAAAUGAACCCCCAAUACACAUCCUACCCCGCUCCAAUCCUUCUUCAGCCUUUGCCGGAAGUCACUGAACAGGACCUGGAGAUGCUUAGAAUUUCUACUCCAACUCACUGUGACUGCCUUCAGCUUCUUGGUGUGGGGGCUCGACACGUGGUUAAAU